AUGUCGGGUCUCCACCGAUCAUCAAGUUCGUCGAAGAACAUCGGAAACCUACCUUCGAAGGAACUUCUUGACGAUCUUUGCAGUCGAUUUGUUUUGAAUGUUCCUGAAGAAGAUCAACAGUCAUUCGAGAGGAUUUUGUUUCUGGUGGAGUCUGCUUAUUGGUACUAUGAAGAUAAUGCUGUAGAAAACGAUCCUACGCUUAAGUCACUGUCUUUGAAAGAGUUUACUUUGCUCUUAUUCAACAGCUGUGAUGUGUUGAGACCUUAUGUUGCUCACAUUGAUGACAUAUUCAAAGACUUCACUUCAUACAAAUGUCGAGUUCCCGUCUGUGGGGCAAUUAUCAUGGAUGAGACAUAUGAACGGUGCUUGCUAGUGAAAGGAUGGAAAGGAUCAAGCUGGAGCUUUCCUCGCGGGAAGAAGAGUAAGAAUGAAGAAGACCAUGCAUGUGCUAUACGUGAGGUCUUAGAAGAAACUGGAUUUGAUGUCGCAAAGCUACUCAAGAAAGAAGAUUACAUUGAAUUUGUAUUCAGGCAGCAAAGAGUGCGACUUUACAUAGUUGCUGGGGUGUCUGAUGAUACUGCUUUUGCACCUCUUACGAAGAAAGAGAUCAGUGAAAUUACAUGGCAUCGGCUUGAUCACCUUCAGCCAGCAAGUAAUGAGGUGAUAACGCAUGGAGUUGCUGGUCUCAAGUUGUACAUGGUGGCGCCAUUUCUUGCAUCUUUGAAGUCAUGGAUAUCAAGGCAUCCGUCUCCUGUAGCACGGAGACAUGACAGACCCCUUAAAGAAGCUUCAAAUUCGACAAGGCAGCAAUCUUACAGGCGAUGGAAUCAGCCUUUUCAGCUUGAAUAG